GCUCACUCAGGCUUUGCGGGUUUCGAGAGCUCUCUGUUCCUACAUUUAGUCUUCUUUCCCGGAGUUUCAUCAGUGUCGGCCGUCUGAGCGGAUCACUUAAGCGCGAGACAUUCUUAGGUCUCGACGCGAACAAUCGGGGCAUCCCCUGAAUUUCCCUGCCUGGGAUGCCCGACACAGGGCCCAUCCAUUGUUCUUGCUCUGUCAGUGCGAAAUCCGUCAGGGAUGUCCAAUUUCGAUUUUGACCUGUUGAUCUCAUUGUCAACUGCGUACGGUACACGCACGGCCGUCUCUGUUCAUGAAUGUCUCGAGUCUAUGUGACGGAAACUCUUCCGUCCUAUCUGACAGGGCUGGCAGUCUCCUGUCACACGUCUCGCCUGUGUCAGGACAGAACGCCCUGUGUUAAGUGAUCGAGGCCUUCGGUUGAUUAAGUAAUUAGCAAUAAAUUGGAACUUAUUGGGACCCAAUUCGUGUCUCGCCCUACUCUUGACGAGCGUCGGACAAUUUGGUGAAGGAUAAGGAUUAGUAGUGGCUGGUCAGUAACCCAGUGAAUUAGUGCAUCGGAGGAUUUUUCGUCUCAGUUACGUCUUCGCGAGAAUUGGGUUUCGAAUUUUUUUAAGACGGACUGGAUUUUAUGCGAGUGGUUGGAUUCAUCAAGGCACUCGGUGAAUGCUCUGUCGGUAUGUGUAAAUUUUGGUCGGGCACAACGGCGUAGGCCUGAACUCUGUUGCCGGAAAAAUUCUGGUGAAGGAGAGGGAAGAUUGUCAGAGGCGUUACGUUUGUGGUGACUGUUGCAAUGUCUGCGGUGGUUUGCGGGAAGCGGUCCCUUUUCGACGAUCUGCACGGCUCGCCUCCCAUCGCUAAAAGAAUCCGCUGUGGGGGCAAUUCUCCCAUUCGCUUCCAGUCCGUUGUCUCGCCGAUUAGAAUUGGCGCAGGAGGAGCUGCGGAGGCAGGGUCGCCCGGGCGGCCUUCUGUCUCUUACUUGGACGAGCAUCUUACUCAGCUUCGAGCUUCUUUUCCCGAGAUGGACGGACAGCUGGUGGAGAAAGUUUACGAGUCAUGCGGGAGGAAUUUGGAUUCCGCUAUCAAGAGCCUAACUGAUCUCAGACUCAGUUCUUGUGAACUUAUCAACCCUUGCGAGAAUGGAGGGCAUUCCGCUUCCUCUGGUGCACCCUCUUCAUCAGCAAGCGUUGCGGCUGUCACUGAAGGGUAUGGACAAAAUACUGUCGUCCAAACUUCUCUGGGGGAAGAUAAAACAUGCCAACAACCUGCGGGAAAUAUCCCCGGCGAUGGCACCGAGUGGGUCGACCUCCUCGUGAGGGAGAUGUUGAGUGCUUCAGACUUGGAAGACGCCAGGAUGAGGGCUACUCGUUUGUUGGAGGCGUUUGAGAAAACAGUUGCCUCUCGCACGGGAGUUAUCACAGAGGUCGUCAGAAAAGAAAACAUGGCUCUCAAGGAACAACUCCAAGGUUUGCUGAGAGAUAACCAUAUCCUCAAAAGGGCAGUUGCUAUUCAGCACGAACGCCAACUGGAGCAUGAAGAGCGAUCCAGGGAACUUGAAGCAGUGAAGCAGCUUCUCACACAACACCAAGAACAGCUUCGGAGCCUUGAGCUUAACAACUACGCUCUUACUUUGCACCUGCGCAAAGCGCAAGAAGGGAGUUCCAUUCCCGGACGAUUUCAUCCCAAUUUGUAUUAGUAGCUUGGCAUAAGCAACUCCAUCUACUACUCUUCGAAAUGCAAAGGUCGACUUCGAUGAGUCAGGGUUACUUAUUCCUAUCUGAUUUUCAAGGACUUCCGAGAUGGGGGCCACUCAGAGUCCCCUUAGGUUGUUGGAAUUUUGGUGAUGCGAACUAGCGAACAUACUUCAAAUUUCGGGUGGGUCUCGGAUUUUGGGAGGACGUAGUUUGCGGGAAUACAGGGGAAAUGAUCUUACUGUCAAAGGACAAAUCAUCACGUGUUAGAUUAGACAAGACGUUCGCGAUAGAUAACCUGUUCUGGGAUGAUAAUUUGUGAAUUGUACAUGUAGUUCAUCAUCAUAAGUCUACGGAGAAUGUAAAUGUCCUCUUAUAAAACUAUCGCAUUAUUUUGUGCU